CAUAAAAAGACAGUCAAGGCACAGCAGCAGAGGAGAAGGACAAGUCUAUCUCUGUGAUCUCUGAUCUCUGGGAUUUUGGGACUUACAAGAAAGAAAUGUGAAGAUUCUAGAACUGACGGGAUAUUGUUCUUCUUAGACUGAAUAGAAAAGGAUACCCUCAUUCCUGGACUUGUUUACCCCUGAGAUCCAGCUAAGGAUGAGAGAAGUGCUUAGAAAGUGGUAACAUGAAUUGGGGAGUCUUCUCUGCAGCCUCACUGCAAUGGAGAAGCUUGACCAGAAGAGCACUGAUGCCCCAGCCACUCAUGCCUACUGACUGUGAUGGAAGAACUUGAAAGGAAUGUGAGCUCAAGUGAGGGAUUUGGCGUCGCGGAGAAGAUCGUGCUUAUCACCUUUAUUUCAACAGUGAUCUUGAUGACCAUUCUGGGAAAUCUGUUAGUGAUGGUUGCAGUAUGUCGAGAUAGACAAUUAAGGAAGAUCAAGACCAAUUAUUUCAUUGUGUCCCUUGCUUUUGCUGACCUACUGGUAUCUGUGUUGGUUAUGCCUUUUGGAGCCAUAGAGUUGGUACAGGACAAAUGGAUUUACGGGGAGAUGUUUUGUUUGGUUCGCACUUCACUCGAUGUUCUCUUGACCACAGCUUCCAUUCUCCACCUGUGCUGCAUUUCAUUGGACAGAUAUUAUGCUAUCUGCUGCCAACCUCUGGUUUACAGAAAUAAGAUGACCCCACUGCGAAUAGCUUUGAUGCUCAGUGGUUGUUGGAUUAUCCCAACGUUUAUAUCAUUCCUACCGAUCAUGCAAGGUUGGAACAGCAUUGGAAUUCUUGACUUGAUAGAAAAGAGAAAAUUCAGCAAAGAUUCCAACUCGACGUACUGUAUUUUCAUGGUGAAUAAACCCUACGCUAUAACAUGUUCAGUGGUAGCUUUUUACAUCCCUUUCUUCCUGAUGGUGCUUGCUUACUAUCGUAUUUAUGUAACAGCUAGAGAGCAUGCCAGGCAGAUUGGAGUAUUGCAACGUGCAGGUGCCCCAGCUGACCACAGGCACCACCAUCCAGAUCAGCAUACAACCCACAGGAUGAAGACGGAAACCAAAGCUGCCAAAACUCUGUGCAUUAUAAUGGGCUGCUUCUGCCUUUGCUGGGCCCCGUUUUUUAUCACCAAUGUGAUUGACCCUUUCAUAAGCUAUUCAGUGCCAGGUCAACUUUGGACAGCUUUUCUCUGGUUAGGCUACAUCAAUUCAGGAUUGAACCCUUUCCUGUAUGCCUUCUUAAACAAGUCUUUCAGGCGUGCCUUCCUCAUAAUUUUAUGCUGUGGAGAUGAGAAAUACCGGAGACCUUCCAUUUUAGGACAAACUGUCCCAUGUUCUACCACGACCAUUAAUGGAUCCACGCAUGUAUUAAGGUACACAGUUCUUUAUAAUGGUCAUCAUCAGGAGCAGGAUAGGCUUCCCAUCCACAAUGACCCGGAGUCACAAGAAUCUUGCUUUUAAGUUUACAGGUUUAAAUACCAGUGUUAAAUUUCAAAAACAGACCAGAGUUACGGGAAUUACAUCUCAAGAACAACAGAGCAGGUCAUGGAGGCUGCAUCAAAACUUAUCGUAGUGUUCAUUUCCUGUAUGAAAAGAACUGGACUCUAUUCUUUGGCUGGAACUGCUCUUCCAGGAGUUCAUGGUGAUUUUGUGUUUUUCUGGCUAUACCUGAGUCAGGAUAAGUGUGUGGUCCUAUCAUGUAUUGCCAAUUCUUCCUGGUUCCCUACUGAAACGUUAAACCCUACAAGCCUUGAGUUGAUAGAAAUUUGCAGAUCUGUCAGAAUGGACACAGGAAGAACAACCAAAGAGAGCAAAGAAAAGUCCUAUGUGGCACAUUUACUUUUAUAAGAUGUACUUGCUGGACUUCAUAUGCAAGGCAAUAUGAGGUUAUUUGCAGCAUUUAGAUCAAUAUUUUGACCUUCACACAGGCUUUUUUUAUCAUUGAAAAAGUCAUGUGUUACAUUUUUAUACUCUUGAAUUAACUCUAGAAUUCCUGUGAA